AUGGAGCAUUUUCAGUUGGUUCUGAAGCAGUGUCCGGUCGGCCAUCCAGACCGCGCAACGGCUCUCACCAACCUCGCGUGGGCCUGCCUUGAAGGCUACAUCCAAAAUGAUCUUCAAGACAUUGAUACUACCACCUCCCUCUUCCGCGACGCACUUGCACUGCGUCCGCAGCACCAUCCUGAUCAUCCCUUAUCCCUAUAUAAUCUCGCUGUGGCGCUGAGUUGGCGCCACUCCAAGAAAAGUACUGCUGCAGACAUCUGCGAAGCCGCCCAACUCUAUCAUGAGCUACUGCCUCUCUUUGUGCUCGAGCUCUGUCCUCUGGGCCAUCCACUUCGUCCGAGAACCCUCAACGAGCUUGCACGAGCAGUGGAAGCACGCUUUAAUCAGCACGGUAGCAUCUAUGAUCUUGACACGAGCAUACAGCUUGGUCGUGAAGCCGUGUCUCUGUGUCCCGAGGGACAUGCUCACCGUGAUGCCUACCUGAACAACUUGGCCUUUUCACUCUUGUCCCGCUUCGAGCACCAAGGCAAUACUAAUGAUCUCGAUGAGGCCAUCCCUUUGCAUGAAGAAGCGCUGCACCUGUGCCUUGUUGGGCACAAAUCUCGUGAAUGUUCAUUGGACAACUUAGGGGGCGCCCUCGUCUACCGUUUCAACAAACGCAGCGACAUCGGAGACAUCACCAGAGCUAUCAGCCUUUAUCACGAGGCCCUGACGUUGUGCCCACCUGGGCAUCCUGGUCGUACCAUCACGCUUCACAACCUUGCCCACGCGCUCACAAAGAGAUACGACAAAUCGCAAGCCAGCGAGGAUCUUAACGAGGCCAUUGAUUUGUAUCGUGAAUCCCUUGUGUUAAAAGGGCUUGACCAUCCAUUGCGUCAUGUUACUCUUUUCAAUUUGAGCUCGGUGCUCUGCUCUCGUUUCACGCAAGCUCAGAAGAAUGAAGAUGUCGAGGAGGCCAUUACCCUUUGCCAAGAAUCAUCGGCGGCUCUGUCUUCACUGCACCCGGACAGGUACUUCAGCUACAUGUGGCUGCAGGAGGCCUAUUUGUCUCGUUACCGGAUUUUACACGACCCUGCUGAUUUGUCUCUUGCAGUGGAGAACUUCAGACUCGCAUCAAGACAUUCUACUCAAGGGUUCCCAAAACGCAUCAUUAUGGCAUUAAAUUGGACAGUUGCAGCUGAGCAGCAUGGUCAUGGAUCCGCGCUGGAAGCCUACUCGACAUUUUUUGAGCUUCUUGACGGUCAUUUGGCAACGCGAUCAUCGACAGUUUCACGACGCGAAGCUGCUGCUGCCUUCGAUGAUAUCAGAUCGCUGCCUGUAGAUGCAGCAUCGUGCGCUAUCCGCAAUGACAAUCUACGACACGCAGUCGAACUCGCAGAGCAGGGUCGUGGCCAGCAGUGGUCACUGGCAUCUCGACUCAGGACUCCAGUUGAAGACCUCGAGUCAACAAAUCCGACAUUGGCGCACAAUUAUUUGGAGCUGAGCAAGCUCGUUUCCAGUGCGGCCCAGAGUUCUGCAACCAUCACCGACAGAGCUGCUGCUGAUCUGGCAGAAAUGGAGUACAGGAGGCUUACAAGGCAAUGGGAAGCUGCGGUUGCUGAAAUACGUGAUCUUUCUGCGUUUUCGCGGUUCCUGCUCCCACCUCUGUAUACAGACAUACAAGCGGCAGCGCGCCAGGGCCCGGUCAUCAUCUUCAUUGCGAGUCAAUACUCAUGCAGCGCCAUCAUCGUCCCAACGUCAGGAGACCCGCAUCAUGUUCCCUUGCCAUCUGUCACUCUCGCAGAUCUGACCAAUCUCAAGGACCGCUUCGCCAGGGCAAUACGACAUGCAUCUACCCUGGGCCCCAAAGUGCCGCGAAACGAUCUAAUAGUCCUCUUGCGCACAGUAUGGGACGAGAUCAUGCUACCCAUCAUCAACGUCCUCAGGCAUGAUCUGAAACUACAAUACUGUCGGAUCUGGCUGUGUCCAACUGCAGCCUUCACAUCUAUUCCUCUCCACGCAGCUCACCCAUUUCGAACGAACCUAGAUGGCUCUAGGGAGCAAUGCCUGGAGGAUCUCUACAUCUGCUCUUACACGCCAACACUUUCGGCUCUAGUCAGAUCCAGACAGAUGAUGAAGAAGCGCGUCACUCCAUCCUUCGCGACAAUCGGACAAGGUCAACCGGGUGCAGGGAAAGGCAAGGCGCUCUUGGCCGUCGACAGCGAGCUCGAGCUCGUUCAUAAGCUCGUCCCUGCGACGGCCAAAUACACUACUAUUUCUGGCGACGCAGCCACACGAGCAGGUGCGCUCGAAGCUUUGCAGCAGAACACCUGGGUGCACCUAGCUUGUCAUGGAAAGCAGGACCCUAAGCAGCCUUACAAUUCGCAUUUCAUCAUGGGAGACGAAGAUCUGACGCUGCUUGAUAUCAUGGAGAGAGAUAUUCCGCACGCCGAGUUCGCGUUCUUAUCAGCAUGUCAUACCGCCGUCGUGGAUGAGGAGACUCCCGACGAAGUGAUUCACCUCGCAGCUGGUCUUCAGUUUUCAGGGUUCAAGAGUGUCAUUGGCACGCUGUGGCAGGUCGACGACUCUGUUGCACAACAUGUCGUCAAAGCCUUCUACGAGAAUAUGUUCAAAGAUUUGAAGGAUGGAGGUGUGAUGGACUGUACAAAGGCGGCCUGGGCACUGAACCGUGCUACGCAUGCCGUGAAAAUGAAAGUGCCGCUGGAGCAGAGGAUGGUUUUCGUUCAUAUUGGUGUGUAG